AAUGAAAUGAAACAUCACAUCCCAACCAAUCGUCGUGACUUGUCCUUUCAAUAAUAAUAAUAAUAUCUGAUGUCUGAAAAAAACAAAAAAACCCCAAAAGCAAAAGUCAUUGUAAACCCAAAACAAAACGUCUCUCAAAAUUCAAGUUUCAAAUAUCACUGCUCCCCACGACACACACACACACACACACACUCUCUCUCUCACACACACACACACACACAUCUUCAAAAUCUUCUCUAUAUUUCUCUACCUGCAUAUAUAUAUAUACACAUAGACUACAACAAAUUUAAUUCCAUAUAUGUUAUAUAGUCUAUCUAUCCAGGUGUUAGAUUAAUGCAGCUUCAUUUCGAGCUGAUUUUUCAUUUUUGAACAGAGCUUCAUAGCUAGAGCGCUUUUAUAGAAAAAAAUAAAAAGGCUAGGGUUUUGUGAGCUGAUUUUGCAUAAUAGUGAUGUAUUAAGGAGUUGAGGGUUUUAUUUGUUAGUUGCAAUGAAUAGAAGUUUUAGAUCAGAAGAUUCGGGUACGAGGCAGAGAAUUAAGAGCUCAGAUGAGGAACUAUCAUUGUUUCUUGAAAUGCGAAGAAGGGAAAAUGAAAGAAAUCAUAAUCGAUUUCUUCAAAUAAACGACGAUUUUGAUCCCCUUGGAUCAAACAAUGGUAGUUCACCUGCAUUAAAUAUUGCAUCAGCUGCAUCAGUACGGAAGACUCGUGCUGAUGAGUUCCUUAAUGCUGACAAUGAUAAAACUGAUUACGACUGGCUUCUAACACCUCCAGGUACUCCUCUUUUUCCUUCUCUAGAGAUGGAAUCGCGUAAAACUAUGAUGAGUCAGCUGGGAAAUUCUAGAGCUCAUCCCACUGCAUUGACAUCUAGAUUAACAAAUUCUCUCCCAGAGACCACCGGAAGAAGCAACUUAGCAUCUAGACAGCUAGCUUCCUCUCCUGGAUUAAACACUUCAAGUUCUAGUCUUCGAAGACCUUCUUCUUCAGGUGGAUCAAGACCUUCUUCUUCAACUGGAUCAAGACCUUCAACUCCGACUGGUAGACCGACAUUAAGCUCAUCUACAUCCUCCUUGACCUCAGCAUCUAGAUCCACAUCUGCGAGAGCACCCAAAGCAAUGACAUCGACUGCAACCUCUAAAACAAUGUCAACCGCAACGACAUCUAGAUCAUCAAGGUCUGCAACACCUACUUCUCGUGCCACCAUGCCUUCUGCAAAACCCACUGUCCCUCCAAGAUCUUCAACACCUACUGCAAGGUCCAAUGCAAGGUCCUCAACACCAACAAGCAGGGCCUCAAUUACUGGAUCAAAGUCCACAUCCAGGGCAGCAACUCCAACUCGUCGAGCAACUUCAGUGUCAAGUACAACAAAUACGACUGUUCCUCAUGUUAAACCUUUAUCUUCCUCUUCAAGUACCAAGUCAGCUACAAUGGCAUCACGAAACCCUGCAGCCCCACGUGCUAGUUCUCCAACUGUAAAACCCAGACCAUGGAAGCCUUCAGAUAUUCCAGGGUUCUCCCUUGAUGCUCCACCCAAUUUAAGGACAUCACUACCUGACAGGCCAAUUUCAGCUACUAGGGGAAGACCUGGAGCAGCUAGUGCUAGAUCUUCAUCUGUUGAUCGAGCUUCAAAUGGAAGGGUUAGACGACAAUCAUGCUCUCCGGCAAGAGGACGUCCUCCUAAUGGUGUUAUGCAUAGCAAUGGAAGCUCUGUUCCUGUCCCAUACAUGAGCCGACUUCAUGCUAAAGCCAAUGACAAUGUAAGCCCUGGCAUGGUUGGGACCAAGAUGGUUGAAAGGGUAGUAAAUAUGCGGAAGCUAGUUCCUCCGAAGCAAGAUGACAGACAUUCUCCACACAGUAACUUAUCUGCAAAGUCUUCGUCACCUGAUAGCUCAGGUUUUGGAAGAUCAUUAUCAAAGAAAUCCUUGGAUAUGGCUAUUAGACAUAUGGAUAUAAGGCAAAGAGUCUCGGGUAAUCUGCGUCCGUUGAUGACUAACAUUCCAGCAUCCUCUAUGUACAGCGUGAGAUCAGGGCCUAAUAGAGGCAGGACAAGCAGGACCGUCAGCGUGCCUGACUCCCCACUUGCCACGAGCAGUAAUGCUAGUUCUGAAGUGAGUGGUAGUAACAAUGCUGUGUGGGUCAAUGGAAGUGAAAUUGAUGAUGACAUUAGCAGCGAUAAAGGUGCUCGAUCACCUGGCAGUGUGCAUGGGAGGUGAUGAUUGGCCUUUCAUGCUGUAGGAUGCUUUCUCUGUUAUGGAUCGGUGCCAGUUUGAGAGUUUGACACCAGAAUAUGAUUGUUUCCCAGGAAUAACUGACUGAAGAACUGACUAAUUUGACUCACUUGAUUAUGUAAAGAUUGAUGCACUGUCUAGCUGUAUUUUGAAGCCUUUGUAUCGUUAGUCCAUUAAUGCUAAUUUCUUAUUUUUGUUCAUGAGAAGUGUGACAUAUAUAUGAGAUAAACAUCUUGUGAUGAGUUUGAUCCUGAAUGAUGAAAGGGCGCUUCAUUUUUGGCACGGGAA